GUGCGCCGCAGUCGAAAGCCGCCGAGACAACCGAUCGUAUAUAAAAGCUGAAGCAGACGUUCUGAAAGGUUUUGUGACUUUCAGGAAUGUCGGCGAACGGAGUGUAGAAGUGUGUGUGUGUAACGAAGACAAAAUAAGGAUAUAUUAUAUGUGUAUAUAUAUAAGGAGAACAAAUUCAUAAUCUUCAAGUUGUUCAAAUUGGAAAACUAAUAAUCCAAAAAUUAAGAAAAUGGGUUUGCCGGUAAUGGAUUUUGACGCGGUUUUAAAGAAGUGUGGCAAUUUUGGGCGCUUUCAAUUUCUCAUAAUGCUAUGCUUUGGACUUACAAAUCUUCUCUCAUCGAUGCAUUACUUUGCACAAACAAUAAUCAGUUUUACGCCAGAACACUGGUGUUACCAUGAAAAGUUGUCAAAUGCCAGUUUCGUUGAAAUUCGCGCUGUCUACGCACAAACGGCCAAUCCACAUUGCACCAUGUUAGAUGACAUAGUCGGCGGUCAGCCAAUUGUUGCCGAACUCGGUAAAUGCCAGCGGUGGAUAUAUGAAUAUGAAAGUGGUUAUAAAAGCGUUACAUCAGAUCUAAACUGGGUAUGUGAAGAGUCCAUACAAUCCGCAGUGGGACAAUCACUAUUCUUUGUGGGUUCUGUGAUAGGCACGGUAUUCUUCGGGUUCCUGGCAGACAAAGUCGGACGACUCCCUGCGUUGAUCUGCACCACACUUACUGGCGCUACAGGCGACUUUCUCACAACUUUUUCCACCAAUUUGCCACUGUAUGCACUCUUUCGCUUUAUCUCAGGCUUAUCCACAGACACAUUUUACUAUCUGAUGUAUAUAAUGGUCUUCGAAUACUUAAGUCCAAGAAAACGUACACUUGGUCUGAACAUGGUCACCGGCAUAUUCUACUUCCUUGGCUUGGCCUUGGCACCCUGGUUUGCGCUGUGGUCAGGUUCAUGGCGUAACUACUUAUACAUCGCUUCAGUACCGGCCGUAAUUGUGCUAUUGUACCCCUUUUUAAUUUGUGAAAGCGCACAAUGGCUGAUGGCAACACACCAAUACGAUCGCGCGGUUAAAUGUCUCAAACAUGUUGCCAAAAUCAAUAAACGCGAAGUGAAAGAUGAAAUUUUCGAUGAAUACAUAGCACACUACAAGCAAACGACAAGUGACGAACUCGCGAAGAAAACCAACAAAGACACAUUUUGGGGCAUGUUUCGCACACCACGUUUGCGCAAAUUCACCAUUUUGAUGUUGUUGAAGAACAUGUUUCUAGCGCUCGCACUUGAUGUAAUCAGCCGUAAUAUGGAAGGCAUGGGCAGCUCGCCAUUCACACUGUUUUCGGCCACUUCAGUGGUGUACGUUAUGGGCAGUUUAACCAUCAUCCUGCUGCAAAAUCGUAUAGGUCGCAAGGGAAUGGCCUUCAGUACGCUGCUAGUGAGCUCAAUAAUCAUUGCGGCUACCGGUUUUCUGAUUGCCUUUACAGAAACGCAGAAAAACGCUUUACUUCUUGCGAUUAUGGUCGGUCUGGGUCGUUAUGGCGUCGUCGUGAGCUAUGAAGCGGAGGCACAAUACUCUUCUGAAUUUAUACCGACCACCGUACGUGGUCGUGGCAUGGCCAAUAUACAUGUUGCGGGAUUCGCUUUUACCAGUCUGAACUCAUAUGUGAUAUAUUUAGGUUAUUUCUAUAAACCGCUCCCGUCGAUCUUCAUAUCGGGUAUAAUGUUAAUAGCCGCUCUUUUAUGCCUAGCGCUGCCUGAGACCAUGAAUCAAAAGUUACCGCAAACUUUGAAGGAUGGCGAGGAGUUUGCUCGCCAUCAGCGCUGGUACUAUUUUAUAUGUUUCGACAAAAAAACGAACAGGAAGGAAGCUGAAGGGAAUAAUGGUUGAAUGGGUAUAUGGAUUAUAAUUAUGUAUUAUAAUUAAUGCAAUUUGCAAUGGUUAAUCAUUCCGUUUUCAUAUGUAUUAAUCUUAAAGACUUUAGAGAGGAAAGAUUUAUGUAUAGAUUUGUGUAUAGAAUUAAAUAAAUUUUUGUAGUCAUUUAGAAA